UUCAUUUGUUAAGGUGGCAAGUGUCAAAUCUGUCAAAUUACUAGAAUAUUAUUGUUAGUCCAGUCGGCAAAAUCAUGGCUGGUAAAGCUUCACCCACCGGGGGCGUAAAGCCCAUGACGAUCAGCGGCCGUUACAACUCCGAAAGAGAGAGGCUCUUCGGCAUGACCAAUGAAGAGAGGGCCUUCCGCAAGCAAUGGUUGAAAGACCAGGAACUGGCGCACGAUGAGCCCAAGAAGUUGCCCGAAAUGUACAAAGCCACCCACAACCCCAUACGUAGACUCUACAGACUCCCCUUGGACACCUUACAGAAAGCUCUUGCCCCUGUUCUGGGUGAACAGAGAGCUUUGGUUUACAGGUAUUUUACGGGGAAAUUUUUGAUGGGUAUUGCUGGUGCAUAUAUUGCAACUUAUUAUUUUAAAUACAAUGCUAACGACUGGACCAGGAAAGGUGGGUGGAGAGUAACCCAAUCAAGGAUUGCUGUUCAUGAAGGUGACCCAGAGUGGCCAAAAGUUUCUGAUAAAACUAAACCAUCAGAUUAUGGUACCAGGGGAUUUGAUAAAGUGAACUUAAAGCUGUAAAUAAUUGUAGUGAUUUUAUUUAAAUAAAAUUUAGUUAUUGUUAA